CCCGUAUGUUCAGUAAACUCGGCAGCAAUGGUGCGUGCGUUUCCUUCCUUUUUUUCACUUGCUCUCUUAAUCACGUCGGUCUUCUUACAUCCCACUAAAGUCACCGCACAGUCAGUGCUGUUAAACAACGAAUGGCAGAAAGGAGAGCUGGAGCAUGGCACACGCCCGUAUUCCUUCCACCUGAGAUCGCCAGGCGGACUAGCCAUCAUCGUCGAGCCGUGUGAGGGCUGCGUCGAAGUGACAGUCAACCACGGCUCCGACCAGUUGGGCAAGCAAUUCAACAGCGCGCAAGGCACGGUGACCGCACUCGAGCGCGCAGGGAUGCAGCGGAGUCUUAACAAGGGAUUCUACGAGUAUUUGACCGAGAAUGCAAGCGCCGGUGAGUACACCAUAUUCGUCGAGCGUUACAGUGGCUGUUAUAGCAAGCUGUCCUAUCGCAUCAUGGUAUCAACCGACAUCAGGGCCUACGGACGACCCAUACUGCCUGCAGACGCCACACUGAGGGUCCUGAAUACGAGCGACUCGUCGAUCACAGUCGGUUGGAAACCGUUGCUGUCGCCGGCAAAUAAUCACUACUGCGUGUACAGGUUGAAUAUUGGUGGUGUAGUUGGGAUAUCGGAGAGUAGCAAUGCAGUAUUGCAUGUCGACCCGACGAUUGCGAUUGGGAGUGCGUGUGGUAUCACGGAUGACGGCGAGAAUCAUAUUACUGAGACGCUGGUUGGUUGUUCCAUCGAGGAUUGGUUGACUGUGAGCUAUGAUUUAGAGAGUGGCGCGAAUUAUAUUAUUGAGGUUCUCGCCUAUGGUGCCACCGAUGACAAGACGACGUCAUACACUGCCUUGCAGACGAGAACGGGAGGGAUCUACUCUGAUGGGCUGACUGUUGUGCCAUCUUGUUUCAUUUUUUCUAUUACACUGGUUGUGGUCAUGUUUUUGAUUAACUAGUGAUUGUAAUAAUGUCUAUUGUGUCUAUGGUAACAACCAAUGCUGGUAGCUAGGGGGUGCAGAUAUGGCUGCUUGAUUGACUUUUUAGUUGCAAAUUAAUAUAUGAUUACCUUACUCAAUAUUAAUCAACUAUAACCAGCA